AUGAUGGAACAACGCCACUGCAUAUUGCAUGCAGUUGAGGCGGUCCAAUUGCUACUCGAGAAGGGUGCGGACAUUCAUGCCAAUAAUGAAUAUGGAGCAACGCCAUUGCAUAUUGCAUGCCAUUAUGGUCAUUUCGAGAUUGUCACAUUGCUACUCGAUAACGGUGCGGACUUUCAUGCCAAUAAUGAAUAUGUAGAAACGCCAUUGCAUAUUGCAUGCAGUGAGGGUGAUUUAGAGACGGUCAAAUUGCUACUCGAUAACGACACACCAUUGCACAAGGCAUGUGAUAUAGGUCAUUUCAAGAUUGUCAAAUUGCUACUCCAAAAGGGUGCUGAGGUGAAUGCCAUAGACGAUGAUGGAACAGCGCCAUUGCACAAGGCAUGUGAUAGAGGUAAUUUCAAGAUAGUCAAAUUGCUACUGGAAAAGGGUGCUGACGUAAAUGCCAGAGACGCUGAAGGAAAGACAGCAUUACAUAAGACAUGCAGUGAGGGUCAUUUUGAGAUGGUCAAAUUCCUACUCGAUAACGGUGCUGACAUUCAUGCCAAACAUGAUGAUGAAGACACACCAUUGCACAAGGCAUGUGAUAAAGGUCAUUUCGAGAUUGUCAAAUUGCUACUCCAAAAGGGUGCUUAUGCUCAUGCCAAAGCCACACUUGGGAUGACUCCAUUUGAGAUGAUGUGUUGUUGCAAGGAUGAAUUCGACCUGCGAUGGUCAUGUUGCUAG